GAGAUAGAGAAAUUAUUUGUUAAACGUCAUUCUGACAUUUUGAUUGUCCCUCCAUCUUAUAUUUUUCGGCCUUGGCUUUGGUCUCAUUUGCAGAUUUUCUGCUAUAGUGUUGUGAAUUUGUGAAACAUUUACCAAUACUUAAUAAGAAAAGAUUGAACGAUGGAUGAAUCAAUGGAAUCUCUGACUCAGCCUGAUCUGGGUUACCCUCCAGCUGCUCAGCCGAUGGAAACUGCACCAGCAAGCAUGGCUCCAUCAUCAGGUCCUCAAGCCGGCAGACAUGAGGAGUUCUCUGUUGAGAAGGUUCUGGACCGCAGGAUGAAGAACGGCAAAGUUGAAUACUUGCUUAAGUGGAAGGGUUAUUCUGAUGAUGACAAUACUUGGGAACCAGAAGACAAUCUAGAUUGUCCUGAGCUCAUAUCUGCAUAUGAAGAAGCUCGUACGAAGAGGGAGAAGGAAGCUGCCGCGGCCGCCUCUGCUGCUGCAGCUGCAGCCGCCGCCGCCGCCGCUGCCGCAGCUGCCGCCACUGCUACUCCAGACCCCAUAGAAGAGAACUUGGCUAGCCGUAAGAGGAGUAGGAGAGCUGACAAGAAGAAAAAGAAUGAGGUGAUACAAGAGAUUGAGAAGCCGCGUGGGUUAGCGCGCGGCCUAAUGCCUGAGAAGAUUCUAGCUGGUCAACUGUUCCACGGAACUUUGUUCUUUUUGGUCAAAUGGCACGGAUGUACAGAUUUCGAUGUGGUACCAGGCCACGAUUUGGGUGAAGCCUACCCAGAGUUUGUUAUCAGCUACUACGAGGCGUGUGCACCGUUUAGCGUGAGACAUAAAGUGGGAAAGAUUAUGAGAAUAGCACCAGAGUUGCCUUCGGAAGUGACUUCAACAACAGAGCCAAUGGAUGUGCCCGCAGAAAUAGCAGCUAUACCGACAGAGACCGCUCAAGAAACUUCCCAAAGCCUACCAACAGAGGGCGCGUCUCAGCCUUUAGAAGUUCCAGUCAACUGACCAUCGUUCUACAAUGCAAGCAAUAGUGACUACUGAGUGAGACGGACUUACAAGUGAACUGUAUGACUUAAUAUUAUAUUUUACAUAUUUUUAUGACAAGUAUAGUACUUACCUAUGUUUGGGUUAAGAAAAUAAUGAGUCAUAAUCCUAGUAUGUGUAAAGUUGUCUAGGUUACAACCAAAUGCUGAAAUGUUACUCAAUUUUAAGUAUCGUGCUAUCUCUGUCAUUUUACUUACAAUUUAUAGAGACAGAAAUAUUCUUGAGAGCGUCAAUAGGCGUUGUUUGUUAUCUUGCAAAGUAAGGGCCGGUGCUCACUGUCGGCACGACUUGAAAACUAAGGGCCGGUGCUAACUGUCGGCACGGCAUGAAAAAGGAUAAGGAUUUUAUUACUAAUCAAGUUAUUUUGAAUCUUAUUUCAAUGAGUUUACUUUUUUUUAAUACGAUGCUGCGACUCCCGGUUUCAUUCCACGGGUUGUGUCAAGGAAUUAUGAUUGCUGUUACAGUUGAAAUAAGGUUGUAACUUGUACAGCGGUCAGGUCAGAACUCACUCCCGUGCCGUACCGGCCGUGAACACCGGCCCUGAGAAUAAGCUUUUUGUGUUUAGUUUUCACAGCAACAGUCCCUUAAGAUAAGCGUACACAGGCCCGCAUCGUACGCAUCGUACACAUUUCGUAUGACGUCAUCAGUAGGUAUCGCUGAUGACCGCGUCAUCCACUGUUCUGUGACGUGGUUGCAGGGUGGACGCAGUUGUAUGAGAUUCUAAACAAGACAAACUAAAAUCAGUUGCGUGCGAUGCGUAAUCUACCGUCACCACAAGACGUAUUAUAUUUCAUUGUUAUACCUAUACACAAGUAGGUAUAAGUAUGACUCUUUAUUUUUUUACGAAAGUACUAUAAAGAAUUAUUUAAGUUUAAAGUGAUACAUUUCUAUUAAAGCAUUGUUUUAAGUUUAAACAAUGAUUAUCUUGGAGUUGUUAUAUGCAAUAAAAUCUUUCUAUGUGGAUAGAAUAAAUCUAUACCAAUAAAUAAUUAGGUAAGUAUAUUUUAAGGUAUAAUUUUGUACUGUUCAAAGAAAAUACAGUAAUAUAAAACUUCAAUAAAUAAUAUGGUUGUAAUAAUUAUUAUUAUUCCAAUGUUUGUAAAUAGUUUUUAUGAAUCGAGAACAAAUAAAAGAUCAAAAUUAUCGAUAAAA